UGGUUGCUGUGGCAACACCAGCCCGACACAAACGCCCUGGGCACAGAGGCUGGAGCAAGCCGCCGGCGAAACACUAAAAUAUUGAAAUAAAAAACGUAAAUUAUUUAAAUAUUGGGUUCAAUUAAGUGACAAUAAAGCAUGCUGAAUGUAAAAGCGAAAGACUGAUUUAACCGUAAUGAGCGGUUAAAACGAGGACAAUCACAGAGCAUAAGAGAGACUCUUAAGAAAAUACGAAAAAAAGCCCAACAAGAAAUACCUGACCUUCCAGAAAGAAGAGGCAUGAAUUCAAAUGACUUUGUGGUGCUUCCUAACAACAAGGCCAAAUCCGUUAAGCUCAAAGCCAGGAACAUGCAAGAGCUGCAGUUGAAGACGGUGACUCUGGGCCAGGAGAGACAAGAGAUGGAGGAAAAACUGCAACAGCUGAAAGAGAGCAUGAGUAAAGAGAAGGAGGAGAGAGGAUAUUCUGGAUGGAAGUCUGGACAAUGUGAUUCCUUAAUCGGUAAUGCUCUAACAAACAGCACCAAGAAAAGCAAGGAGAUCAUGCUCCAAAAGCUGUCAGCAGGCAAGGUGAAGAUCCGAGUGCUGAAGGAUGAACCGCUGACAGCCCCUCCACAGCCUCUACCUCCACCCCCUGCCAUCGGUUCUCGGGCGACAAGAAAAAAUAGGCUGAGAGGAAGAUACUGUGGACAAUGUGAAGUCAAGACUGCUGGACUGAUGUGUGCUGAGUGCACAGAGGACUACUGCAUAGGCUGCUUUACCAAAUUCCACCAGAAGGGGGCACUGAAGCUCCACAGAAUCAUCCCCAUUCAGACAGACCUCCAGACCCAUGUGAGCACUCGAGAUGUUGUCAGCUGCGUCCAGAAACAGAUUGAUCCUAGCUCCCAUCCCAGUAACUUUACCAGUUCCAGUUCUAGUCCCAAACCCAGUCUCAGUCACACCAUCAAGUCUAGUGCAACCACCAGACAAGGACAUGGGAGGCCUGAAGAAGGAACAGAGACUGUGGCAAAACCUUUGCAGUUGUCCCCUGAUCACAGCCAGGUGUUGGCUGUGAAUCAAGUAAAGGAGAAAAAGGUAGAAAUGACUGAAGAGGGGCGGAACAGGGGUGAUGAAAGAGGAGUUCCCACUGAUCUUUUCAGUGGAGAGUACAAUGAGGAAGAUUCUGCAAGAUCUUUUCAGGAGGCUCUCAGACAGUGGAGAGGACAGAAGAGUGAUGAAGCAAGGGACCCCAUGAGUGAGGAGGCAAUGUGGAUACCAGUUCGACCAGUGUCAGCUAUGGCGACCCAGGCUGACCUUGCUUCAGACAGAAGUGCUGAAAGACGAGGAAGAGGAGGUGGAGAGGGGAGGGUACCUGUCAGGGUGGAGUUCACAGAAAACAGCCUUACCUACUUGGACAGAUUGCUUCUCAAGAAGCACCGCAGAACACCAAUCAAAAUGUAUCAUCCCCCAUCGGCCUUUGGUGCAGAUUUAAAGUCACUACCUAACAAAAACACAGAGGAGGAUACUGUAAGCAGUCUAACAGCUCAGGAGGAGGAUUUUCGUCGCUACUGUGCGUCAUUGUUUGCUGUACCUGUCAGCAGCGGCAGGGCUGAGCCUGAGAUUACUACACCUGAAUCGUGCCUCACCAUAGAAGUCCUGGAUGAGACAGACAGAGAUGUAGAUGGAGAUGAUGUUGUUGAGCAGAGGACAGACAACAACAUAAAGGUUCCCUCUAUUCAAGAGGUCCACAGUCAGGUCAGAACACCAGUGCCCCAAAUGGCCUUAACUAGUGGUGUGUCCUCAAGAGUCAUCCGCUCUUCUCCCAGUCCUAUACAAACUUCCAGGAAGUCUAGAUCACCAGCACAACCCAACGCCGCUCAGAAGCUCCAUCUAUCCAAGACUACAGGAGCAGAACACUCAAUGAAAUCUUCGUCCUCUAAAAGUAAGCCAUCAGCACGCCCCACCGCUGAGACUCCAAGGACUUCAAAGACAUUAAUCAAGACACCAACCUCAACGUCACAAAAGCCAAAUUGCCCCCCCACUGUUCAUAAAUCAAAACCUGACCAGAGAUCAACAAGAUUUUUGUCCCCCUCUUUACCACAUAUCCAAACUGAGAUCCCUAAAUCCUCACAUGCUCCUCUCUCUAUUCCAUCUGAUGUUUCUUCUUUGGUUGGUGCCAGACCACCAAGCCCAGAACAGCAUCUUUCCCUCAGGUCCACCUUCACACUCUCACCAUCAGGCUCCACUGAGUCAAUCUUUUUGCCCAAAGUUGACCAAUCAAACCCAUUUCAUAAAGGCUCAGACUCAUCACUGUUGCCAGAACAAGCCCAGACUUCCCAGUUAUUCCCGGAACCAAUCUCGUCACCGAAGCUGUUGCAAUCCCCUCCAAGCAAUCUGGAGUCCUCAAGGAAAUCCCAACAUCGCCCCUGUGACCCAGAUUCUCUCCUAUCAGAUAAUCAACUCCAGCCUCCCCCGUCACCUGUGUCUUCCAGUCCAAACCCACCAAGAAAAUACCCACGUCCACUUAAAUCCCUAUUCCGUGCAUCUCUUUUUAAUGACUGUCUUCCAGAUGCAUAUUCUAGACAGAGCUCAACUCCAACAAAUGAGAAUGCUCUAGACCAAGAAUCAACUCUGUCACUUCAGUAUGCACAGUGUAACCCAUCACUUCCUUCAGAUGUCUUGCAUAGUCCUCAUUCAGCUGUAAAAAUGGAGGAGGAGGAGGAGGAAGAGGAGGAAGAGGAACUAUCAAUAGACUGUGGAGAUGAAAUGUCCAGUGAUAGCUUGGGUGUGGCUUCACAUGAGGAAGACUCUUCAGAUGAAGGACAUUCAACCAGAGGGAGACCCAGAGAUGAAGAGCAAGAGAAUUCUGACAUACAUGCAGAAGGAAAAAAGGAUUUUCAGUCUGAUGAGAAAGAACAGCUGUCGGAACCACUCAUGGUAAUGCACAAGCAGAGCGCUGGGUCUGGAUCAGAGCUUUUCUCCGAUCUGGAUGUGUUUCUGCCUCUGGGUUUAGAUGUGAAUUGUGGUCACUCCGACACACCAAAACACACACACUGGGACUCACACCAGACUUCAUCGUAUGAUUCAGAGCCAAAAGAGUCACAUGGUUACUGGCCAAGCAGCAGCCUCAGCUCCUACACUGAGGAACACCUGGUUUACGAAAUGUUGAAGAACAACACCACCCAAUCAACUGGAAUUCAAAGUCACUCAGCCACACCCACCAGGAGAAGAGAAAUAACAGCAAAUGGACCAGGAACAUCUGGGUCAGGGUCUAACCAGUCCACACCAACUGCAUCUGAGUCCCCUGCUACCUGUCGCCUGUCCCAUCCCAUUUCUUGCUCAGAAUUGGGUACGGUGCUUCGUCCGUUGUCCCGGGCAGCCCAGGAGAUCAUGGAGAUCUGCAGUGUUGACCAGACAGGCUGUGAGGACCCUGACCUAGAAAUGGACACAACCGCACACACACUCUACAAACUGGAGGAGGAACUCAGGCUCAUAAGCAAGGAAACAGGGAGGCAGACGCCGGUAUUUGGAGCAGGAAACAGUAGAAGUCAAUAUCAGCAUGGAAAUCAUCACUUCACACGGGGCAGAGACAGCGAGGAACAAAAGGAGGAAGAUGAGGCUGUGCAGAGAGACCAGCAGAGUGUCCUUCUACUACCCUGAGAUUCUCACACAUGAACAUGAACCCACACACUUCUUUGUUCAAUGAGCACAAAUCAGAAGACACACUUAUAGAUAUAGGUUUGUGAGAGAGGAAAGCAAGCCAAAACACACAAUAUAUCUAGAUUUUGUUCACAACAUGUGGUAAAGGCUGGCGCAGAUGCCUCCAAGGCUAAAUCUGCUUGUUGUGUAAAUACACAAACAUAAAAUUGUAAUGCUUUGAAAAUACAUUGCUUGAUAUAUUUAUGAA